CAGUCGACGAACGUUUGCCACGAGACUUCGAUCUCUCCACUGCAUUUUGCACACGCUAUCCUUAUCUCUCUCUUUUUCUAUUCACUUACCUGCAUCUGUCUCCACUUUUCCUUUUUCUCCGCUUGGUAGAUAGAGAGGCCCCAGCAGCGGCGACCGGGGAAGGCGUGCGUAGUAACCGCGCAACGGUUCACGUCAACGGAAGUCUCGCCGUUAUACCCUCGUGCUUUCGGUUACUUCGACCUAUAUAGUCAACCCGUACAACCCCCGUUUGUCCGCUUCGACCGGUUGCGGAUCUACCUGCGGCGCAGCGAGGUUCCUGUGACUUGGGAUAGCGAUAACAGCAAACUACCAAGAUGGCUGCAUUUGUGGCGAAGCAGAUGGUCGGGAACAAGCUCAAUGCGGUUAAAGGAGCAGUAGGCGGUGAGGGUGGCGAUGAGGACGACAAGGAAAAGGAGGAAGAGGCCGAGAGAGAAAGGCAGGAGGCUAUCAGGGAGGCCGAGGAACGGAGAAAGGAGAAGCACCGCAAAAUGGAAGAAGAACGGGAGAAGAUGCGACAGGAGAUCAGAGACAAGUAUAACAUAAAGAAAAAGGAGGAAGUGCAAGAGAUACCGCAGGAAGAACCGAAUCCCUUGAUGCGGAAGAAGAAAACGCCGGAGGAAUUGGCGGCCGAGGCCGAGGCUGAGGACGAAGAUGAGUUCACCAAAUUGAGGAACACGAUAGAAACGCAGGUGAACGAGCUCAAGACGCAAAUUGAAAGUAAAUGCAGCCUCCAAUGAGUUUGUCAUAUCGCGCGGCUCGCGAGGAACGCGACGAUAACGACGCUGUCGCGCGUUGUCGUCGUGAUGAUCGCGUCCGCCCUUCACAUCUUGCUGCCCGCGAGAACAAUGAGGGAAAGGGCGGCGGAGGAAAUAACGAAGCGGCGAAAAAAACGGGGAAAAACGAUAUGCAAAGUAACCAUCGGCAUCGGCACGUGUCCGCGGAGGACGAGCAAUUUCAGGAAUCGGUGGCCGAUUAAUCGAUUUAACGUCAGUCAAACGUUGCUUGAAAUAGAGUGAACGCGACAAGAAGACGCGAUUCCGAGGGAUUCCUUCGGGGAUUUUGUCCUGGGAGGAUUCCCGGAAGAUGUUGUACUGCCGCUUGAUUUGCGCGCCAUCUCGAAAAUCGGAAUUGAUCUCGUCGAGAAUUUUUGUUCCGCGCUUGAGAAUCGAGAAACAGAGCGAAUCGGGAAGACAGAAAGCGAGAAAAAGCAAAAGAGAAAGAAAAACAAUUCUUCCUUUUAUUUGAUCACGCUACUUGCGGGUAUAAAAAAAAAACAAAGAGAUUGAUGAGAGAUUAAUAUUUAUGGAAUAUUAAAACUUACAAAAACCUUUGCAUAAAGGAGAAGAGAAGUGCAAGAAGAAAGAACAAAUAUUAUUCCGGAAGUGAAGGUUCAGGUCGCGGACGUGACAAAAGGACGUUGGCAAUUAAAACUGAAAAUUACUAAUUAGAGAAACGCGCAACAGUGAAACGUUUAAGAAAGAGAGAGAGAGAGUGCUCGAAGACCUCUUGAGAGGAAUCGAAUCGAUUUUCCAAAGAGAUGGGCGAAUAAAUAGAAAAUCCACUAAUCUCGAAAUUUAAAAGAAAACUAUUAACUGGAAAUGAAACAGACAACAACAUCCAACAAUGUCAAUAGUCCUUAGUGGUAUUUGAAGGAAUUUGAUUGCACAGCAGAUUGCAUUCCUCGACAAGGAACAAAACGUGACGUACAACGCAAACCGCAUUUAACCGCAGUAAAACAAAAAAAAAACAAAAAAUAAAGAAAAAUAAUCCGAAAUAAAUGUGUAACGAUGGCAAAUGUUUCCAGUAACAAAUAUUAACUGAAUAAGCAAUAAAAGGCUGUUGAAUAAUUUGUAUAAUAAAUAGAAAAAUUUUAAAGAGGCGAAUCAAACGAAAAAAAAAACGAUGCUCGAUAAAGACGAUAUCAGAAUCGACUUCCUCGAUUUCUACAAGCAACUGAAAUUAAACUCAACCGUAGGUCUCAGAAACUUCUGCAAACUUUGAAAGGGAAAGAAAGAAAAAAAAGAAGAAGAAGAAGAAGAAGAAGAAAAUUCUCGACGGACGUCCCGAUGUUCUCUACAAGUGCAACGAAGAAAAACGUAGGCUUGUUGCCGAAGAAGCAACUCAAUCGAUGAUUGCCACCGUGAGAAGAAGCAUGAAAUAAGGAGAAAUAAAUGCACAAACCGAUAUGUUUCCUUGAGGAGAGGAGAGGAUUGUACAAUCCGGCAUUGCGCGAAGAAAUUUGAGAUCCAGAAAUCUAAUCCUUAUCUGAUUCGAAGGCAAAUUCUCCGCGAUAAAACGAGCGUGGAAACCAGCGAGGGGGAGGAAUGAUUUGAAGCAUUGUUGAUCGUCGAUGGUGUUCGUGAUGGGAAAAAUUUCAAAGAACAAAACAAAUAAAAAAAAAAAAAAACAAUGACGCGCGAAAGCAGAAAGAGAAAAAGAGGGAAAGGAAGGGGGAAGAAGAUGCUGACCCGACCAGAGUGUAAAUUCUUUUUUAAAUUGUUGCUGUUGAAAAAUGCGAAAAAAGUGAUAUUGUUUUAUAUAGAAUAAUUAGGUGUUCUGUAGAAUGUACUUAGACGCAACCUAUAGUUGGUUAAAAAAACAAAGAAAAAAAACAAAAACAAAAACUCAACUAUUCGACAUGACGAAGUCACCUGCGAGCACGAAGUUGUUUCUACUUCUUACAGUUUUCGACACUCGACGAAGAUGUCUGCGAAGAAUUUUUGGCGCAAUUUGGCGGUUCUCGGAAAAGUCAACCCACUUGGCACCACGAGAUUUAAUUGUCACGGCUAGUAAACGACGUUUCGUUCGUUCAGAUAUUUUACGGAAUGCUUAGUUAUUCUAUGCUGCAAGACUAAAAAGAAGAUACGCGUGUGAUACAAAAAUAUAUUGCAUUAUAAACACUUUUUUUUGUCGUUAAACCUCGGUGAAGAACGUAAGAUCGAAAAUCGUCUGACUUGACAGCACACAAUACCACGCGUUGCUUCUCUCUUUGUUUAACCGACAACUUAAAAAUUGCACCGCAAACGAUAAUUUUUUUUUUUUUACAAAAAUAAGAUAUUUUAUCUGGUCGCGCGACACGCAGCAAGCGACGCUUGCGAACAUAAGAAUCUAAAACGCGAGGCGGGAAGAUCGGUCUCUCUUAUUUACGACGGCUAUGAGAAUCUUAAAACAUAGAUUAUAUAUAUAUAUAUAUAAAUAUAUAUAUACAUAAAAUAAAAAUGUAGAUAAGUGAGAGUAAGAAAAAAACGAGAAACAAAGUAAAAAAAAAAAAAAAGAACCGUACGUUAGCGCGUUAAGUUUUAGGGAAGACAUUUCGGAUAGAGAAAAAAAAACUUAGCUGAGGAUAAUUGAUAGUUCAAUUCGACGACUGUUUCGAUACGUUACAGAGGGAGGAUGGUGAUAUAAGAAGAGAAGUUCUUAUUGUUAUCGCGUUAUAAUAAUUAUUAUUAUUAUUGAUACGUGUAACUCUCUGCUCUAUGAUUAUUGAAAAAAGGUUCUUCAAAAUAAAAAUAAACAAACGUACAUCGGGAGUCACAGAAAGAUCAUCGCAAAAUUGUCAUGACAAUUACGGGGAACGAGUUUUCGCUUUGCCGUUCGUCCGUAAACUGAAUGUAACACGAUCGGGUUUCAAAUACCGGCGAUAAACACAUUUCGUUAUUUGCAAAAGAAAAACAAACAGAAAAAAGAAUAAUAUUCGCGGAAAACCUGCGAGUUUUUUUUAACCGUUUUUUUUUUUAAGUUCUAAAAUUCCAUUUUUUUCGAUCUUCGAUAAAUUCGUCGCGACUGCGUUUUUCUUUCUUACGUUUAGAAAUAAUUGAAGAAAACUUGGAUUUUUUAAAUUUACCAGAGCACACAAUGAGAUUGGAAGUGGCUCUGUUCGCUAACCGAAAAUACACAUUCGGAGGUACGUGUGAAAUUCCGUAGGCGAGGCAAGAGUGUCGGGACAAAAUGAGAGCAGUUAUAUAAAGCGAGAGAGGGAAUAAAAAAUAAAGACGUUUAAUAUAUUAUAGAUCCACUUUUGUAUGGGAGAAACAGAGAUGCAAAAUGUAUUUUCUCAUUUUCGACAAAAUGUUGAAGUUUUGCAAACGUUUUAGCGAAGCGUUUUUCGAUCAACCCUCGUGGCAGGGCGCGAUCGAACGAUAAUUCAGAUAAAUUAUAGCGAUGCAUUCGAUUUGCGCGUAAAUAUGAAGUAAAGUAAAAAAAAAAAAAACAUUAAUAACUACUCGAUAAUAAAACGAUAAGUUUGUUUUACUAUUGAUAGAAUGAAGUCAAAGUGAUCUAAAGAUUAUUAUUAAAAAUUCUUGUUUUUUUUUUAAACAGUUUCACUGAUCGGUCGAUCCUUUUACUACUGUUCAAGAGAUAAAAGAUCGUUGAGAUAAACGAUUGUCUCUCUUCUUUUUUACGCAUUUACCUUGCAAGCUGUUGCGCGUAAUUUUUUUUCAAAUUCUGUGUGAGGACUAUUUAAAAAUCACACAGAGAGAGAGAGAAAGAAAGAAAGAGAGAGAGAGAGAAAGAGAGAAAGAGAAAGAAGCGAUCUAUGUUUCUUGUUAGAGACACAAAGUCCGUGUUAAAAUUUCUCCGAUUCUUCAAUUUAUCGACGAUGCACUUUUUGGUUAAAUUUCUAGAAUUUUCUUUUCUCCUUUUACAUUCUCUUUUUUUUGCGGGAAAUCAAUAUAAAAUAAAUGAGUAACGUGAAAAAUUCGCGUUUCCGAAAAGACUCGGAUGUUCUCUGCUGUGUCUGGGAAGUUAAUUAUCGUCGGGCACACAUGAGCGAUAUUCCGCGAGCGCAAAGAAUCACGAGAGCACAUCACCUGCCGCGUUUAUUCCACACUCUGGCAUCGCGAAAACCCGCAAAACUUUUCUUCCCCAAUUCGCGGGAACAACAGGAUCGACUCCGAACUUCGCAAAGUUUGACGACGACCGAAAGUUUCGCGAACGUCGCCGACAGCGCGUUGCGCCUACAGCCCUUUCUUUCGCUCUUUCUCAUUGUCAGUCUUAUCCCUUUUUCAACCCCCUCGUUCCUCUUUCUCUCUUCUUCUCGUUUUGUCUCUCUUUUUUUCUCUGUCUUAGAACAAAAAAAAAUACUCCCUCGUUCGAUGCGACCGCAGUUAUAGUCGCUCACGAAAAAACCAAAAAACAAAAAACACAAAAAAACACUCUUUCCUCAGCGUUUGACUUACCCCCGUUCUGCUUUCGGGUCUGCUUGAGAAACAGACGACGAGAAUUUUUAUGUUUUCGGAGGCUCCGGAGCCUUGCCUGAGGAUAUGAUUUAUAUUUGAAAACGGAUCUUAUCGAAGAAAGAGCGUUGAUUGAGAGAAAAAUCUUAGAAAAGAGAUAAAACAAUUUAAGAAAAAAAAAUACACACAAAUUAAUUUUUCUCGAAAGAAUUAAAUUCGCAAUUAUUUUCUGUUUCGAGAUUAUUUUCGUAUCUUGUUUUUCUGUCGAGUUUUUAGACACACACAGAAAAAAAAAAAGAUGAUCUCGAACGACAAACUUUCAAUCUCCAAACAAUCCCGGCGCGAGAAUCAAGGAAACGAUCGACAUAAACAAAUAUACAUUCAGGAGUGCAGAAAGUAAACAACAAAUGUAAACAAACACUUCUUGCAAAUAACAUUUCCAGGUGUACAGGAUGUAUAAAAUCUAUUUCGUGCGUUUGUCGAUGUGCAUGUCAAAUUAUUUCUCCGCUUAUCGUGUCUUCUUCGUGUCCCACUGAUGAAUGUCACUCUGCUACGACGCUCGAAUUUGCCUUGCAACUGUCGAACAACAAUUUCCCUCGAGCGUUACGCCUCUCAUUGCAUUGCUCUCCCUUCGUCGCCGUACUUACCUCAGCGACCGCUUCGUUAUCAGUAGUGGGGUGCAUUCUGGAGUGAUACUGCGCCGUGCCCUACCAUCGACAACGAAGCCGCGGACCGUUGCUGCGGCAAGCGCGGCGAAGAGAGGGACGAAGAAACGUAGGCCAUAGUCGUAGCGCUCGAGGGGAUCCCCUCGGCAACAAAUUCGAGCGCUGCUCUAUUACAUUGGCUGGCUGAUCUUCUUCAUCGCGCAGUUUAGUGUUCUCGUGUAACUGUCUGUCUGUCUGUCUGUAAUUGAAGAUCUUCGAAAAUUACCCUGUGACGGGAAUUUAGAACCGCACACGGCGCGGUCGGAACAAUCAACAACUUCGAACCAGAAUGAUUCUUCCUCACACACACACGCUUCAUCCCGAAAUCGACUGGAUCGCGACUUCACGUAACUUCACGUUCCAGUUUGAUUUCAUUCAAAAAAAAAAAAAAAAAAAAAAUUUGGCAUAAGGAUAAAUACACACGACACGAUUUAGUUUCCUACAGAGAGAAUAUAUAUACAACAACGCGUUCAUUAAUUUCAUUCUACUCUCAUCGUUCAGAAUAUUUCAUCAUUAGCUUUCUGUAAUUACUGUAAUAACGUUCGCGUAUAAAACGGCGUCAUUACAAUAAUGCCGACUGAAAGUUCGCUUUGAGUUCGCAUCCUCAUGCAGCUUUAGGCUAUGGAACAUAACAUAAUCAAAGGAGAAUUCUAUAUAUACAUACAUAUAUAUGCGAAGUCUUUUUAUCAUAAUAGUUUAUUACGAUUUUUAGGCGUGUUUGCGAAGAAACUAAUGAAAAAAUUUCGCCGCUUGCAAAGCCGCGCAAAAAUAAAUAAAAAAAACCAAAAAAAAAAACAAACUAAACUUUAUUAACAUUUUCGCAAAACGCCUCGAAAAAUCGCGCUGGUGGCUACAAUGAAUACACACACUGUGUAUACGUACAAAAAAAAAAGAUUGCAUACAUUACGCGUAUAUGAUACAUAUAUCGAAAGCAUAUAUACAUAUAUAUACACAUAAAAUAUCGACAUAUUUUGUUAUGAAGAGUAAAAAAAAAAAAAAUAAGGACACGAUAUGAGGUCAUUUUCGAAGAUCCUAUUUCUGCCGAAAUCUUCGCGUUCUUUCCUCUGUGAAACUGCGUGUUGCAUAUUUGAUCACCCUGAUUAAAUCUCAUAAAAUGGCAUAAGUUGAUAUGAAACACGUUUUUUUUCUCCUCUCGCAUCGCAUUAACAAUAUUUAUAUUUGAUACCAGAAAAUAUUCUUGCUAAAACAAAAUUCAAAACCUAAAAACGCGCGGAGAUUCAGACUAGAUCAGGGAGUCUUUGAUUUUUUGAGAUCUCGCGAUUUUUUUGUAAUUGCGUGAGUUUUUCAAUCAGGGCGUGUGCGUAUGCAACAACGUUGUUUUCGCUGUAUUUCCAACGACGACGACGAACGCGCUGUCCCUCAGCGUCGUCGUUCAGAUUAAAUAUCAGAAGCGGUGUGUUAAAUACUCAAAGUCAAUUACUCUCAAUAUAUAAAUCAAUUUCACCGAAAGAUAUAAAUAUAUACUUUGUCUCGAUAUAUAAAUUCUCGAUAUAAUAAUGCAGUAUUUAUCCUAAUUAUAGAUUUACACGCGUGUUAUCAAGUGAUUGACACGCGCGUGCAAUUGAUUAACAAGUGUACAAGCGGAAGUAUUAAAUUAUUUUCAAUGUGCGUAGCGAGAGGAAGCAGUUGGGUUAGAAAACUUACCGUUUGUAAAAGCUUUAACAUAAAAAACGCGUAUAAUAACGAAAUGAGACUUUUGUGGAAUAUUAUUUUUUCACAUUACUUCUAUAUUUUUGUGGUACGGUUGUUUGUAUAAUUUUUAUAAUGUAUAACGAGAAUACAAUUAAAAGAGGAUCCUAAAAGUGUAUAAAGACAAAAAAAAGAAUGGUAGAACUUUGACAUUUAAACGAGUCUAUUGGGACGGAUUGAGGAAAUUCUCCAUACGCAAAUAUACAUUCCUGUGUAUAAAUAUAUACUUUGUAAACAAAAAAAAAAAAAAAACAAUUAUCAUAUUUCAGUUCUUAGCAAUAUACGUGCACUCGAGAGUCUCGAUAUUUAGAUAUCGGAGAGUCUCGAAGUAGCGAAAGAUUCUAUAUAUAUUAUAAAUAUACAUAUGUAAUGCUUCUUCUUGUACAAAAAAAGAAAAAAAACAAAAGACGUGGCAAUACACGCGAAGGACCAGGAAUAUUCCUAGGAGCAAAUUUUAAUCAAUAAUCGAAAUCCCACACACUGGCACUGAAAAAUAAAUCAGACGCUUCUCCGGCAUAAAAAAAAAAAAAAAGUAGACGACUCCACCGCGGAAAGAUAAACUAUCAUCCUCCUGGUCUCUAAUUGUAAAACCGGUCACUGAGCAACAGUGACAUAAAUAUUUUGCUUAAUCGCUCUCUCUCGUCUCACUUAUCGCGACUUAUUCUCCUUCCGCCAUAAUCACCCUCUAUGCUAUAUGUGUCUCUGUAAACGAUAUCUCCGCUAUUGCUCUCCUUAGACAACUUUCGAUGUUUAUCUCUAUAAAACGUUAAAAAAAUGUGGAAAUCAGACAAACAAAUCUGCGAAACUUCUGUCAAACAAAUGCUUUAUUUUGUGUUUUGUUUUUUUCUUUAUUAUUCUCGACGCCCGUGCGACGUCAUAAAGUGACUCGUUUGUUUUAAACGAGAAAUAUUCCCCGAGUAAAUAUUCCUAAUUACACGUUGCUUACGUCGACGUUAAUUUUGUCAUUAAUUAGUAAUUUAAUGUAAAGACUUGUUUGUACAAAGUGCUCGAACAAUUCUCACACGACUUGUGAUUUCCACAUUUGUUGGAAUAUUGUAUUUAAAAAAAAAAUAAUAAUAAUAAUAAUGCAUGCACUCUUCUUCUCGUAUCAAUGUCGUUCUUCUAUCUGAAAGUAGCUGGCUGCAAAUUUAGUUCGAGUUGAUGUUAUUCGCGAAAAAACUUUUCUCUUUUCAAAUGCAAUGUACGACGAAAUAAAAAUUGUUUUCACCCUCGAGAGAGACACCGUUCCGACGGUGUAACAAGAUUACAAUCGCGUCGUUUUACCUUCUCUCUUUCAAGUAAUUACAAAUCUCCAAAAUAAUUUACGAAGCAAAUGAACAAACUCGCAGACACACAUUUACAAAAAAAAAAAAAAAAAUUAAUCCCACAAAGGGAAUAAGCGAAUGAUGUACCGUAAUCCUCUCUCCGCCCAAAACCAACCAAAAUGGCCGCCGAGGAAUGGCGAAUCUCGAGGGCGAAAAUAACUCGCUUGGGCGUUUGAAACUUCGCUGUUCAAUAGAAAGAAAAAAGUCAUCUUCUUCUCGGUCCUACUACUACUCGGAAACAAAAAAAAAAAAAGAAAACGUAGUGCAUUUUCUCUUCUGCUGUGUGUAAAAAAAAAAAUUUAGCCCUCUCUGUAAUUUCUCCGUAGAGAAAAACUUAUGAUGUACUUACGUGCGACGCGCAUAUUUACGCGCUGCGUUGCACCCUACUUCUCUAUUCUAUAUCUAAUAUCUACGUAGCGAGAUAUAUGAGAGGAAAAAAAAAUCAAUUGCGAAGAGCAAAAGUUAAUGGCGUGUUUAGCUGAGAGGUACAUCAAAACCCUCUUUGAUGUUACUGCUGAUGCCGAUGUCCGCUGAUACUGCUGAUUAAUGUCGUGUGUCGUUGUUGUUUCUUAAUAAUCGACAUUAACCCUAAGCAAUAUGACGUAUUGCAUUGUUGUUGUAUGUCUCUCGAUUCCGAAGCGGCGGGAUAUUUAAUGCGGCGUGUAAAGCAAUGUUUUUGUUUUAAUAGAUAAAGUAUAACAAUAAUUGCACAGACGUUACAACGCCCCACGUUGGUCUGUUACGUUUUUAUUUUUUAUCACAAAUGUCACGAAGUAGAUUGUCCGUAAUGUGUGUCCUCAGAUCAUAUUGCUUAGGGAUAAUAAUGCUCAUUGCCAUGUCGCUACUAACUGAAAAUCGUUGGAAAAUUUCUCCGAAAAAAAAAACCUCAGAAAUUUUCUGCACGACAGCUUUGAUGUCUCAAUCAACAGUGAAACAGAAAAACUUAACUCGAUCCCGAAUGCAAAACACGAUAUCGUUACACCUUGUGUCACUCUUUACUCAAUUGUCCGGAGAUUUCAAUUUCGAUUGAUUGUUAUUUAAAAUAUUUGCGAUUUAUUGCGAGAAAAAAAAAACACUUUUGGGAGUGUAGAAAAUGGAAAGGAAACGUUCACGACGAAAAUGUCAGAAAUAUAAAACAAAAAAAAAACACAUCAGGCAAGUUAAUUGAAAUUACCGCACAUUAAACCUUCCGCCACAUCUUCAUUUGCGCGAAUAAUCCAUCCGGUUUUUGUUUCUCGUGUAAAAUUUGCUCAUACGGUUUAUUUAAGAAAUGUGUUUUUUUUUUUUUAUUCUACUUUGAAACAUGUUUGAAUGAAUUUUAUCGAACUUUCUUCCGAUCAAAGAGACUUAGCCUUAGACAUUCUCUUGAGAUAUCUAAUGUAUAAAUUUUUCUAGUCGCGCCACACACACGCGACUAUCCUGUUGACACAAACUUUACUCUCUACGUUCGUUUUACACGUUCGAGAAACGUUGUCGCAUUCAAAUCCGACUAUUUUUAUACUUUCUCUCGGUUUACGUCUGGAAUUCUUCAAGUUUUGGUACACGUAUGUGUGUAUGUGUGUGUGUGUGUGUGUGUGCGCGCGCACACAUCUCGUUUACUCUGUGAAUCUUUCAAUACUAGUACUUUCUUAAAAAAAAAGUGCUUUCAGAGUUGCUCAAAUCACUCGUACACACGUUUAUUUCGCGCGCACAUGCUACGUGUUCGCAGCAUGUCGCGUUCAUAGAAAAUACACGGUCGUAUAAUUUUUCUCACACUUGACAAAAAAAAAACUAAGAACAACUUUAGAGAGUCUACACACUAUCUCUCCUUUUUCCUUCAGCCACCCUAAGCCAAUUUCGUGCGGCACGUGGCACGUGAUAUAUAUAAAUGUCAAAAAGCGUAAAUAAAUAAAUAAAAAAAAGAAGAAGAAGAAGAAACCGAGUCAAGCGCUCGACGAUUUGUGUUUUUCAUAUAGGACUCUUGCGUGAUAUAAAAAAGAAACGAACGUUUUUAAAAAAAAAAAACAAACAAAUAAAUAAACGCGAGGCUCAUCCCGCACUUCGGCGUACCGAAUAUUUAACCAAUAUUACCGAUCGAUCUAUCGGCUGAUCUACCGUGAAGUGAAGUUAGUUUCUGUCUCACUUUGCGAUUAUCGCGCUUCGAGGGAACACGAGACGCGCGUGCGUGCGCGCGCGCAAAUUGAUUAUCGUAAUAAAAUAUAAUCCAACAAAUUGUUUGAUUACCACCACCGUCUAUUUACGUAUUUAGUACAAACGUACGUUGAUUGACAUCACCGAGAGAGAGAGAAAGAAUAGUGUAGACGUGUUAAAAGUGUCUAAAUUUUAAACGGGCUUAUACGCGCGGUGUAAUCGCGGGUAGACAAGUGACGGAAAAUGAAAACAGAAUCCGGGCGUAAUAAUACUGUUACUUUCUGUCUUACUUGUCUAUUUCACAUUGCACGUACGAGGUGAUAUUUCAAAUUUUCUACACUGUAUUUAGGCUAAACUGUAAGUCGCCUUUAAAACUUCGAUCGCGAAGCAAUUAAUAAGAAGCGUUACAUCACGAAGUCGUGAAUCAACUACUCUUCACUGAUCGUAGACCAUGAAAAUCCCGUCGAAAGAAAAAAAAGAACGCGCGCCCGGUCGUUACCUCCGAAUCGAAUUUUGUUUUCUGCGGAUGUUGUGAGUCGUUUCGGGGCACCGACCGGUCGUGGCGAGUCGCGGGAUAUCCGGCGCGAUAGAGCAGGUCAAAUCUCAAAUGUGAUUGGUCCGUCGAAGAGAAAUAAACUAGAAAGGAAUGCGUGUGUGGAACAAUAUGAGUAAACUUUAAAAAAAAAAAAAAAAUAUGAUCGAACAACGUUGAUUUGCGCGUUACAUUGGUGUCGAUACGAUUUUUCACUGUGUAGCAAAGAUUUUUGUAGAGAGAUCUCGGAGCUCAAAAAAAAAUAAAUAAAUAAAUAAAUAAAAUAAAAUCUCAAAAAGUCUUUUCGGGAUUUACAAUCUUAGAGUAUCAUAAACUCGAAUAAUAAUCGACAUUGUGAUCAAUAUUAGAAGGAAUCGAGAACAUGAGUAAAAAUAAAUUCGAUGUUUUUUUUUUAUUUAAAUGCAAAAAGCGACCAAUCAGCGUUUUCAGUUCGAGAAAUCGCGCGACGAUUCUUGAGGUUCUUGGAAAUUGCAAACUGUGCCAUUCCUCUAUCUUCUUUGCAUCUAAUGAGUAUUCAAUCCUAUUCAACUACCUGACAAACGAGAGGAAUUCGUUCAGAAGAUACGAGAGAAAAAAAAGAACUGUAACACAAUUCUUUAGAGAAAAAGAUACAAACUUCGGGAAGCACAACGUAUUAGAUUUCCAAAUAGCGCCGAAAAUUUUGAGGAUCAAGGCGGCAGCCGUUAUUGUUUUCUCCAUGUACAUAAAAAAAAAAAAAAAAAAAAGAACAAACAAACAAACAAAUCUCUAAGAACAUCUCGACCUACAUUUUAAACUCGUUAUCGUUUUUACAAAUAUGAUGGUUUUUAUCGUAUAUAAAAAAACCAGAACCGAGAGUGAAUGGACAAAAGGAAGUCACAAUACUCACGGGUUUUCCGUGUCCUCGAGACGUUUGCAUUUUCAAGAGAGAGAGAGAAAGAUAAGGAAAAAAAACACAGUUCCUACGUAGGUCUCUUUAAGUUUGUAUAGAAAGCGAGUCUCUAGUGUCACUCAUAGAUUUUUUAUAUGACAAAUUUUAUAUAACCGAAUCGGGGUCAACUGAGAAAGUUUGCAGCGCAAAUUCUGGGAUCUACGGAUUCUCAUCCCCCAUGGAAGUGUAGAUUGUUGAAACUAUUAGACAUUCGCGCCACGUAGGAUUUACAUAGAUCCUUGAAUUCCUAGAUCCGAGAAUUUCUCAGCUUUCAAUUUCAAUUGUUUUACGGUAUUUAAUUAUUAUUUCGUGCGUGCGUGUGUGUGUAUGUGUGCACAUAUUUAUUCGAUCUGAUAACCUGUAGUUUCCCCUCCUUUUUUGUUAAAGAGAUUAUCGUUCGGUGAUUAAAUUAAAAAAAAAAAAAAAAAAUGCACAGUCUCGAGGAGCACCCGAAAAUCCGCAAACACCGACUUGGCUAUUCAGAGACAACGACACAACGCAUUAUAAAGUAAUAAUGAUAACUUAACAUUAAUCGAUUACUAUUAACGAUCAACUCACAUCGCGAAACGUGAUUGCGCGAUGAUGAUCAGGAUGUUCGCGAACUGUCACGUUAAUUCAAAACACAUUUUGUUCUUCAGAAUAAGGAAAUAACAAAAGUAGACGUUUCAAUGUCUUGUAUUGUUGAUGAAUUUUCUAAUUACGCAAAUCGUUUUGGAAAACAAAUAAGUUCAUUCAUGUGGUUUCGCAGUGAUUUAACUGCUUGGAAAUUGACCGUUUUCUCGUUGACCUUUCGGUUUUUAUUUCCGGAACGGAAGAAGAAAAACGCGACAGCUCGGGAACAUCCGUAGUUAGAGAAGUUAGGUGUUAAGCGAGAUACAUCAUUGAAAAUGAAGUUAACAAAAACCAAACGAGGUUAAGUAGAUAGACUUUAGCUUUAUACAGAAGAGAAUGCUGAGGGAAUGUUCAUGGAAACACGAGAGAAAGAGCGAGAGAGAGAGCGAGAGAAACAAAUAAAGUGAGAAAGAGAGAGAGAGAGAGAGAUUUAUGAAUGAAACAAAAAAAAAAAAAUUGCGUUAAAACACUCCGCAUUUUUGACUGCCAUUCAAGUUAGGAAUGAAUUCGUUGCACCAACAUGUCCGAGCGAACUUGUGUGCGAUAUAUUGUGGGAACGAGUUGUUGUUAUUGUUGCUGUGUCACAUCACACUCGCAUUUUAGAGAGUGUCCGAUUUUUAAUCGCAUUUUCCUGACCUGCGAGUCGUUCGGUCAACAAUUUUGCGCGAUUCUUCGAUAAUUCUUAGAACGGUUUUUGAGUGUUUGACUCCCAUGCGUUAUUAGCCGCACAUCUCGCUAAUAUUGUAAGAUUUUGUAAAGACGUUAAAAAUUGAUUAGAAAUUUAUUUUUGUUACUUCGCGUAUAUAUAGAGAAGAAGAAAUGAAAAACCAACACGUGGCGGCGCUUUCAGAUUUUCGAAUCUAAGAAAUCGACGACUCUCGGUUUCCCCGACUGAAACAUCCGCAGGUACAAGAAAGUGCAGUUAAUCCGAAACUCCAAGUAUUGUCAAGCGUGUUGCACUUGUACUCUUUUUUGUUACAUUAACUACAAAAUAUUAUUCGCGUUUGUUAACUUGAUCUAAGUAUGUGAGAUUUUAUUGUAAGUACUUCGUUGUAUGUAUUUGACUUUCUCUUCGAAGAUCAAAAAAUCUUGGAAGAUUGUGUAUAAAAUUAUAUUAUAAAGAUUUGUAUUUUAGAUUAAAAUAUCUACGAUUAAGUAUUAUUAUGUUUCGUCUUGUUGCUAACCUAUUGGAGCAAGUCAUUAUAAUUGAGACGUCACAAACAAUUUCAAAAAGUCCCAAACGAUUUGUUCAUACGGCCUUAAGAACUUAAUUAAUAUAAAAAAAAAGAAGAAACAUGUCAAAAAAUAAUCAGAAUCAAUAGUUGUGCAAAAAAGUUAAUUAAUUUGAAAGUUUCAUUUGCGAACUUUCGAAAGAAAAUCUGUGACUGUUUUUUUCAAGAAAAAAUAGUAUCUACAAAGUAGAAAGACAGACAAGAUAAUUCAACAAGAGUCCAAUAGGUUACGAAAACUUGUCGCGAGAAAAACUUGUUCGUGCGACGGAAAAGUAGAAAAAAAAAAAAACGUUUCGUGUCUGAUUUACUAUUUUUAAUAUUAAAUGUUUGUUCUCUUGACGAUAGCGUAUGUUCGAUAUUGUUGCGGACCAGACUUCGUGAUUUUGUUAAACCGAGAAGCAAUACUAUCGAUGCCUACAAUUACUGUUACGGAGCAAGUUCUGUGGUGAAAAAAAAAAGAAAAAAAAUAAACGACGAUUACUCUAAUCCUGGAACCCUAAUGCGAGAUUGCUGAUUCAAUUUCAUUCGUUUCACACUGACACACGUUUUACUCGAAAAAAAAACAAAAAAAAAA